AUGUCGGCACCUCUCAACAUGGCCGCUAGCACGGCUGCCCAAGAAGCGUUUGAACGCGAAAAGGCGGCCAUCACUUCUUACGAGGAUGGGUGGGACCGGUGGGACGGCCCCAUCUGGCCCAUUGGAUACGUCCAGUGUCGCAUGCAAGCCGAUGGCUACGUCCAUCCUACGACACCCAGCGCGGACGACGAGGUCAAGACACUGAAAACCGACCGGCGUUGA